UGUAUUCAUUUGAGGAACGGUAACGGUACGUGCGGGAGUGUCCAUGAAGUCUUGCAUACGAGAAUGAUAAGCGAGUGACUGUGACAAGUGUACGGUUUGGUCGGGUAGUGGAUAAUGUAGGUCGGAUACGGUUUGUUUUGGUUAAUUAUUAGGUGUUUGAUGUAAAUUAAAACGCCGAGACUCGAUCAGUCUGUGGCCUCAUUUACGGAUGCUGAAGUUGGAAGAAGAGAGCGUGUGAGGUACUUUAAAGUAAACAGUUUGUGUUCCCGCUUACUGAAAGUGCAUCGUGAUGGCUGAAGGAGGAGCAACGAGCACCAACCCCAACGCGGAGAUCGUGCGGGGCCAGGUCUUCGAAGUGGGGCCCCGCUACGUGAACUUGCAGUACAUCGGCGAAGGCGCCUACGGGAUGGUUGUAUCGGCCUUCGACAACGUGAAGAAAACGAAAGUCGCCAUUAAGAAAAUAUCGCCCUUCGAGCAUCAGACCUAUUGUCAGAGAACCUUAAGAGAAAUCAAAAUCCUUACACGGUUUAAGCAUGAAAACAUUAUCGACAUUCGGGAUAUUUUAAGGGCGGAUUCUAUUGAUCAAAUGAAGGAUGUCUACAUUGUGCAAUGCUUAAUGGAAACAGACUUAUACAAAUUGUUAAAGACACAGAAAUUAAGUAACGACCACAUCUGUUAUUUCUUAUACCAAAUCCUACGAGGGCUGAAGUACAUUCACUCGGCGAACGUCCUACACAGGGACCUGAAGCCGUCUAACCUGCUACUUAACACCACCUGCGACCUAAAGAUAUGCGACUUCGGGCUGGCGCGGGUGGCAGACCCUGACCACGACCACACCGGCUUCCUCACGGAGUACGUUGCCACGCGCUGGUAUCGCGCCCCGGAAAUUAUGCUCAACUCCAAGGGCUACACCAAGUCCAUAGACAUCUGGUCAGUGGGCUGCAUCCUGGCGGAGAUGCUAUCCAACCGGCCCAUCUUCCCGGGCAAGCACUACCUCGACCAGCUGAACCACAUCCUGGGCGUGCUGGGCUCCCCCAGCCAGGAGGAUCUCGACUGCAUCAUCAACGAGAAGGCUCGUGGUUACUUGGAGUCGCUGCCGUUCAAGCCGCGCGUGCCGUGGGUGGAGCUGUUCCCGGGCGCCGACGCGCGCGCCCUUGACCUGCUGCACCGCAUGCUCACCUUCAACCCGCACCGGAGGAUCACCGUCGAGGAGGCGCUCGCGCACCCCUACCUCGAGCAGUACUACGACCCCAACGAUGAGCCAGUAGCAGAGGAACCGUUCCGUUUCGCGAUGGAGCUGGACGAUCUGCCUAAGGAGACUCUUAAGAAGUACAUAUUCGAGGAGACUCUACUCUUCAAGCAACUCAACGAAGACGCGUAGGCGACUAGCUACUACCCACUGUCCUAAUGAGAUCUAUUUUGUCCUCUGUAUAUGGUAAGCGGUCUUGGCCUUUAUAUCGACGGAGCAAGUUCGAUUAUCUUAAUUUUAAUGGUUCCUAGGUCCUUUUACUAUACUUUGGCUCUUGAGGCGAUGGUUCCUAUAUCAUAUGUAAUCUAAAGGAAACCGGGAGUCGGAAUCCGAAAAAACAGCCAUGUUAUUUUCGAUGAUUACUAUGAUAUUUAUAACAUUACUAAAAAAAAACAAUAUUUUCCAAUUUCCCUUACACCUCGUGAUUGUAAACGUGGUUUAUGGCAUUCGCUCACUGUUUGCGAACUGAUAAAAAUAAUCAGUAUGUACGUUAUUUGACAACGCGUAGAUAAUACAGCGUUGACCGCCAGAUAUCAGAUCGCGUUACCGCGAGGUAACGGGAAUUCUAAAUUACAGAGAAUCGUAACAGGAAAAUGAUAAGGCUUUGUAAGGGCAGACGGACAAAAGGUCUAAUUAAACGGACAGUGAAGUCAGUUUGACGUUAUCAACGUAUAGUACACGCCGCCGGACAACCAAAGCUACACUCCGACCGGCGGCCCUACUUAAGCAUAACCAUGACGUGCCGAGACAAAACGACGUAUAAAUCUCACUAAAAGGAACUAUACGAAAACUCAUUGACCGUUUUGACUAAGCACGGCUCAUUCAUUAAGUAUUGGACGUAGGACUUGGCAACGAGUCGACGGGAUCAGUUGGUAUUAUACUGUAAGAUAGAUCGUAUAAAUGGGGCAUCAAUGCUUUCCACACUGACACAAAGUUUGUGGUUAGAUCACGACUUGCUCUUACUUUUGCGAAAAAUAUUUCGGCAAAUGAAUACUUUUAUCAGUGAAGGUUGCAUUAGAAGAAAGGAAAUAUGGAAUUUUCUUGUCUGUAUAGCAGUAUUUCAGUAAAAGAAUAUGCAUUUCAGCUCGGUAAAUUCAAUUUAAAUGCUUAUAUUUUUGAAAUAAUACGAAUUCAGCGAGGCAAAAUUGUAAUAAUCAAGUUACCUAGAAAUAUUGAAUAUGAAAUUUUAGAGGGGAAGAAGUUCUUGGUGUAAUAUCUGCAUUAGUUAAGCGCUUUAUUGUUUUACCGUAAAUAGACAAAGAUAUGAAUGUUUUUUAUUAAACUGACUUCGCAAACAUUUCAAGAUUCUUCUUAUAAGAAUUUGAGGGCGGCGAUAACAGCAUUGAAGUAAAUAUAAAGCACGUCACAGACGGAGCGAUGAUAUAUAUUAAUAUACCGUAAGAUAUCUUACACAAUAGCUAAGCACCA